UGUAGCAGGACUGAAAAUCGACAUCUUGCCAGCCGCGAGUAUAGUUGUUAUCGUCAGCCGUGCCGUGACCCAUUUGCUUGUACUUACAGGUCUACCCAACAGAAUAAGCAAUUAAAGUCACCUGUCUGUGCUUGUAUACCUUACUUUGUUCAAAUUUGAAUCGAUCCACUCAAAAAUAUCCAUCAUGGCGCGGGGCAUGUCCAGUUACUCCAUGUCUUCAGGCUACUUCAACGGCUACUCCUCCGACUAUGAAGAGAAGCUUCUCAACACUGUCUGGAUGGGCAUUGUCGGAUUGGAAGUUUUGAUGGUCCUCGGCGUCGCUGUACGCGGUAUUUCCAGACGGCUCAGCCCACACCUUAAGCUACGUUCACGAUGAGUUUACAACAUUCAACUACGAUAUCAUAACGGCACACAUACAUACUUCAUGGCAUCCUAACACGGACUACAACCACCUACCUCCGACUCAUCAGCACAAUAUUAAAAAAUUCCACGAUCACACUCUUUGAGCAAACAAUUCUUUGGUUUCUAAAAAAUCUCGACGUUGCAGCAUAGCGAGCGAGCGAGCAUGGCGGCUUCUUUUUUUCACCAAAAAAAACUUUUCCUGCAAUGGACCGGCGUUUUCAGUGGCAUAUACUCUUUUUGUAUCUUUUUCAAAAUCUCUUGGGCGACUUGUUUUUUUUCUUUUUGUGUUCUGCGCCAUGCAUGAGAAAAAGCGAGCGAAUUCAAAUGGCAGAGCAUGGAUUUAAAUGACUGGGCAAGACGGGAUGAAUUGCAAAAUUUGCUGGAUAGUUGAUGAGCUUAUGAAUGAUACCUUUUUUCUUUCUUCUCACCGCCAUGCUUGAAGUCUCUCUCUUUGCG